AUGAAGUUUAGUUUAAUCAAAAUACUCUCUUUUUCUGCUUUAUUAGCAUAUGCUGUCGCAGCACCACUCAAAGAUGUCUCUGUAACAUCAAUUGACCUUGCUGAAAACACCUACAAUAAAAAGGGUGAUGAACACCUUUAUGUUACAGUCACUAGAGUUGAUGAUCUUCUUGAUGAUGAUGGCUCACUUUUGGCUGAACGUGUGAUGGCAGUUCAAGUCACUUUUGAUGUUGUUGAAAAUCAGUUGAUGUGUAACGGUAGACCUGUCGAUAUUGGCGUGUCUAAUAUCCAAGUUGAGGCUCAGAUGGCAUCCAAUCCAGCCAAACUCAUCAUUGCUUCAGAAGAAGAUGCUGCAUUAUUAGCUGACAGCUUUGAUGUUGGACUCGUUACUGUACAAGUCACUGCUAAUUUACUUGAAGAAAUCAAGACAGAAGACGGCUUGGUCUUACGCAGAAUUGGUGUACAAGAAUUGAUCACUGAAGUCAAUGGCCAAAAGGUAGUCCAAACAGAAGCUGGCCAACAGAUUCUUGAUGUCUAUGAUAAUGGUUCACUUGUCAAGUGGGCUGUCGACCCUCUUACUGGCUUCAUGCUUCCUGGUCCUGCCAUGAUGGAAAACGAUAGCAAUGAUGUCAUGAACGUUUUGGAAUGCCCUGGCUGUGAGAGUUUUGAUUUCGAAAAGUGGUGGGAUGAAUCUUCCAACUUUGUUCAAGCAUUUACUUGUGGUUUCUUUGUUACUUUCUUUGCUGGUCUUUUAUUCGCUCUUCAUCGAUUGUUUGCUUCAAGACCAUCAGGAGAAUAUGAAGCUGUAGCCGUUGUUGUUGAAGAACCUCCUGCUUAUGCUGAAAAAGAACAAAAGCAACCUCUCAUGGAAAAACAACAGGCUGAACAAUAA